UUUGCAACUCUUCAUGGUAAAUGCGAUUUACUAAAUAUUCUGUUUUACUAUAAGACUAGACUAGUAUGUCACAAUUCUAUUUAUAUUAUAUUAUAAAAUAUAUAUCUUUAGAUUUCAAAGAAUGGAAAUUAAAAACAGAAGAAGAUAAUUUAUGUUUUUAUGCCUUAAGUGCUCGUAAGACUGUCGGACAGAAUAAAAACAUUACAUACCUGGAUUGUCAUCGAACCGGUAAUUUCCAAAGUAGAUCAACAGGUGUCCGUAAAAUAAAAAGUCAGGCAGCUCUCCCACUAGCGCGACGCGAUUGACGCGACGCAACUGACGAAACUGGCGAUUCUUAUCGCGUCCGUGUUUCCAAUGUUUAUAAAUAGUACUUCUCCCAUACACGCAACGCGACUAUUUUUGCAGCGACUGCGACGUAAAAAAAUCGCGCGCGACUGAACAUGUUCAGUUUCAUUGCAACGGUCGUCUGCGAUUUUGGUAAAUAUGGCCAAAAAAGACGAUCCCGUUUAUAACAUUAAACUUGUGGAAGAAAUUGAAAAACACCCUUGUCUGUACAAUUAUAAGUUAUCCGACUAUUCAAAACGAGAUGUAACAGAUUUGGCAUGGGAAAGUGUGGCAAAAUCGUUAAAGGACAAAGCGGAAAACUGCAAAGAAAAAUGGAGGAACCUUCGUACAGUGUUUGUAAGGAGACAAAAACCACCAAGUGGUUCCGGAAGAAAAGAUUGUAAAGUAUACUAUAUGACUGAACAUAUGCAAUUUAUUUUACCGUAUAUUAAAGGAUUCAGAAGUGUAGAUAGUACGGGAAAUCUUCCUUCCCCUCCGAAUGUGAUGGACGAUGAAGUUAACGAAACUGAUGAAGUUGAAAACACCGAAGAAAAUGAAUUCGAAUCGACUGCAGAAAGUUUCAACAUGACUAAAUCAAGCAACGAACAAGUAUUUACUCCAAAAGUUAAGAAAAAAAAGACAAACACUUCAGAUGCUGCAGAUCAAUGUUUUAUUGAUUAUAUUAAUACUAAAAAACAAAAUUCCAAAAAAGAAGAUGAUCCAAGAAAACAGUUUCUGUUAAGUAUGUUACCUGAAAUACAUCAAAUGACUGACAUCCAAAUGAGGAAA